CAUGGGACUCCGCACAUCAUGUAAACAGGCGCGAGUACUUAAGUCGAUCGUCUGCCGCUGUUGAAACCAUCCUCACUGCGGUGCCUCUCUUCUCUUCACACCCAAUACAGCGAAGACAUCUGCAAUCAUGGGUUUCAUGCUCAAAGCCCCCCCUGGCACGCCGGGUUCGGCGGCACCUGCCAUCAUGAUCGGCCUGUUCGUCGCCUUUGGCGGUGUUCUCUUCGGUUAUGAUACCGGUACCAUUGGUGGUAUCCUUGGUAUGGCCCACUGGAGAGAGCUCUUCUCCACUGGCUACAGGAACACCAAGGAUGGCCUUCCCGAUAUCACAUCGGAACAGAAGUCUCUCAUCGUGUCUAUCCUGUCGGCCGGUACCUUCUUCGGUGCUCUCACUGCUGCCCCUACCGCUGAUCUCCUCGGUCGCGUCAUGGGUCUCGUUGCCUCCAAUGUUGUCUUCUGCGUCGGUGUUAUUCUCCAGACCAUCGCCACUGACAUUCCCCUCUUCGUCGCCGGCCGUUUCUUUGCCGGAUACGGAGUCGGUAUGAUCUCUGCGACCAUCCCUCUCUACCAGUCUGAGACCUCGCCCAAGUGGAUCCGUGGUGCAAUUGUUGGCUGCUACCAGUUCGCUAUCACCAUCGGUCUGUUGAUCGCUGCCAUUGUCGACAACGCCACCAAGGACCGUCCCGACACCGGCUCGUACCGCAUCCCUAUCGCGGUACAGUUCGCCUGGGCCAUCAUCAUGUUUGUGGGCUGCGCCUUCAUCCCUGAGACCCCACGUUGGUUCAUCAAGAAAGGCCGUCCUGAGAAGGCUGCAAAGUCGCUGUCCAAGCUGCGCAAGCUGGACCUCGAGCACCCUGCUCUCGUCGAGGAACUUGCUGAGAUCACCGCCAACCACGAGUACGAGCUGUCGCUCGGCAAGGCCACCUACCUCGAUUGCUUCAAGGGCAACCUUGGCAAGCGUCUCGCGACCGGCUGCCUGCUCCAGGCCCUGCAGCAGUUGACCGGAAUCAACUUCAUCUUCUACUACGGCACUUCGUUCUUCCAGAACACCGGCAUCGACAACCCUUUCGUCAUCACCAUGAUCACAUCCUGCAUUAACGUCGCAUCGACCGUCCCCGGUCUGUGGCUCGUUGAGAAGUGGGGUCGUCGCAAGCUGUUGCUGUUCGGCGCCAUCGGCAUGGCCGUGUGCCAGUUCAUCGUCGCCAUCGCCGGCACCGUCGUCGGCACCGACAACCUCCCCGUCCAGCGCCUGCUCAUUGCAUUCGUCUGCAUCUACAUUUUCUUCUUCGCGUGCUCGUGGGGUCCUGUCGCGUGGGUUGUCACCGGCGAGAUUUUCCCGCUCAAGGUCCGCGCAAAGUCCCUCUCCAUGACCACUGCAACUAACUGGUUGCUCAAUUUCGGCAUUGGAUACGCAACCCCGUACAUGGUCGAUUCCGGCCCCGGAAACGCCAACAUGGGCGCCAAAGUCUUCUUCGUGUGGGGCGGCUGCUGCUUCAUCUGCAUCUUCUUCGUGUGGGCGAUGAUCUACGAGACUAAGGGCCUGUCGCUGGAGCAGGUCGACGAGCUGUACGGCAAGGUGUCCAAGGCGUGGCAGUCGCCCGGCUUCGUGCCCUCGGUGUCCUUCCAGGACGUCCAGGACGCCAACGUCGAUGCGCGCCGCAUGAGCCUUACCGAUGCUGAGGCGCAGGCUACGCGCAAGAGGUCCGCGCAGUACAAUGAGAACUACAACGAGAAGACUGUCGUUUAGGUAUGAUGGAAUGUGUAAUGCGGUAUGAGGUGGUUGGACUCGGUGUUUUAGUUGGUAUAUCCAUUUGGCUUUCAGGGGCUUGAAUAUAGCAGGUCCUGGUGUAUAUUCAAUUGCUAUCAUUUUCACAA